GGUCAGAUUGCUGCGGAGCAGUUUGAGGAUAAUUGGGCUUCUGUUGUGGAUGAUGAAGCGGGUGAAAGGUUGCUGGGGAGAAACAGAAAUGAUGGUGAGGGUUUGGACAACAACAAGACGAAGAAGAAAGGGAAGAAAGCUGGGUAUUUCAGUGAUGAGAGUGAUCAUGAUGAUGAUGAUUGAUCAUGACUAUGUAGCAUUGACACUUUAGAUUGAAGGCACUUGUGGUAUUGAAUCAAUAUGAAACCGGUUUGUCCUUUUGUUAAAAUUCCUCGGCCGGACGAUAGUAAUGCUUCUAAAAAACCGAGUGAAAACUCAACUAAAUAUCAUGUAGAACAUGAAAGUAAGGUGAAUAAAGAGGUUAAUGACUCGGCCAGCGUUUCACCGAAGUGUCCAAUGGGAUAUGACUCUCAGACGUUUAAGCUUGGUCCUCUUAGCUGUAUGGUAUGCCAAGCGCUGCUGUUCGACACCAGUAAAUGUGUGCCUUGUUUGCAUGUUUUCUGCAAAGCAUGUAUAUCGCGCUUUGAGGACUGUCCGUUAUGUGGAGCUGAUAUUGUGAAGAUUGAGCCCGAUGACAAUCUUCAAGGUGUAGUCGAUCGCUUUAUUGAAGGUCAUGCUAGGAUCAAAAGGUCUGUUAAUUUAGACAAAGGCGAAGAAGCAACAGAAAAUAAUAAGCCGGUUAUAUACGAAGAUGUGUCUUUGGAAAGAGGUUCUUUCUUAGUACAACAGGCCAUGAGGGCAUUCCGCGCUCAGAAUUUAGAAAGUGCCAAAUCAAGACUCAGCCUAUGUGCAGAAGACAUUCGUAGUCAGAUAGAAAAAGUUGGUAACACUUCAGAGUUAUGUUCACAACUUGGAGCAGUCUUGGGUAUGCUCGGCGACUGCUGCCGAGCAAUGGGUGAUAGCAGUUCUGCAGUAACUUAUUUUGAAGAAAGUGUUGAAUUUCUGUCAAAGUUGCCAAAAGAUGAUUUGGAGAUUACACAUACACUUUCCGUUUCACUUAAUAAAAUUGGUGAUCUUAAAUAUCAUGGGGGAGACCUCCAAGCUGCGAGAUCAUACUAUUUUCAAUCCUUAAAUGUUCGCCGUGAUGUUGUCAAGAACAAUUCAAAUGUUUCAUCUCAGGUCUUAGAUGUUGCUGUUUCUCUCGCAAAAGUAGCGGAUGUUGACAAAAGUCUAGGAGAUGAAAAGUCGGCUAGUGACGGAUUUCAAGAAGCUAUAAACUUGCUGGAAUCACUUACUUUAAAAUCUGAAGCCAGUGGGCUUGAGCAAGUUGUUACUUUAUGUAUGCUAAUAAAGAAGUGCUAUAUUAUUGUAUUCCUCCUCUGUUUCCGCAUCCAUAACACAAGCACAGACGUGUGUAUACAUAUAUAAUAUAUAUAUAGGAGGAAUCAAAUUACUCAGUGAAUAA